AUGGCAGAAGAACUAGUGGAUAUAAUGGAAAAUUUUGAUCUUUCGGAAAAAGAGUUGGGAGGAGCUAAUUUGGACUUGGGAGAUAUACACCUGGGUAUUAAAGAAUGUCAAGUUAGUCUUGUAGGGAAAGUGAAAGGUGAAAAAAUAAUGAAUUUUGUUGGGGUGAAAAAUUUUGUGAACUCCGUUUGGGGAUAUCCUAGAGAUAUCAGGAUAAUGGAAUUAGGUGCAAAUCUUUUUCAGUUCCAUAUUCCUUGUGAGGAGGACAGAGACAAAAUUUUAAAUGGAGGACCUUGGGUUUUGGAUAACCAGCUACUAGUGGUCAGGAACUGGUAUGAGGGGGUUGAAGAGGACGAAGAAGCGUUCAACCUUGCACCACUAUGGGUGAAGAUAUGGAAUUUACCAGUGCACUGGAUAUCAAAGGAGAUAGGCAGGAAAAUUGGUAAGGUAUUCUAUGAAGUCAGAGAUGCAAUAGUUCCCCAAAUAGGAGGGAAAAAAGGAAGGCACCUGGAAAUCUUAGUGACAGCUGACAUAUCUCAACCAUUGCUGAGGGGAAGAAUGUCAAAAUGA